AUGCCAGCAACCAACAAAACCUGGCACAUCCAGCACCGCGCCCAACUACACCAAACAACCGACAAAUCCAAAAAAUACCUCUGCCCCCCAGAAACAGACACCCACCUAGCAACGCUCCUAAGCUUCCCCUCCCGCCGCUCCACCCUCCCCAACCUACACGCCAAAACAACCAACGAGAUAAUCUCCCUCGCAGCCACCAUCGCCGCGUUCGAGCCCGUGCGUCUACACGCACGAUCAGAAGAUCUCACCGACGCCCAGGCCCUGCUGGACAAACAUACCCUGCCACCGCAGCACCGCGCCAACAUCAGCCUGAUCGCAGCACCAACCAACCACUGCUGGAUCCGCGACACAGGACCCGUCUACGUGCGCAGCGCAGACAGAGCCGAUAAAACACGCUACGCCAUCGACUUCGGCUUCUGCGAAUGGGGCCACAAGACAGACGAGUAUAUCUACGGGAAUUCCUCGCAGCCUGACCGGCCGGUCAUGGACGAGGCAGCAUUGCGCGAGAACACGGCGUUCGCGAGUACAGUGCUGGAUCUUGAGAACGAGGGCGCGGACGAGGUGAUCAUGCGCGUGCAGACGGAUCUGCGGCUCGAGGGCGGUGGGAUUGAGAUUGACGGGGAAGGGACGUUUAUGGCGACGGAGAGUAGUAUUCUCGGGGCUCGGAACCCGGGGGUUGAGAAGGCGGCGAUUGAGGAGGAGUUGCGUCGGUUGCUGGGGGUUAGGAAGUUUAUUUGGUUCCCUGGGCGGGUGGGGCUUGAUAUUACCGAUGUGCAUGUUGAUGCUGAGGCGCGGUUUGUGAGGCCUGGGGUUGUGGUUGUUUGUCGGCCGCAUGAGACGGCCGGGGAGGUGCAUUGGGAGAUUUACCGGGAGAUUCGGGCUGUUUUGGAGAGUUCUACUGAUGCGUGUGGACGGCGGUUUGAGGUUCAUGACGUUGUGGAGGCGGAUAUUGCGUUGAUUAAGGGUGAUAUUCCGGGGGAGGAGGCUGCGCCGGCGGCUUCGUAUGUUAACUUUUAUUUUGUUAAUGGGGGCUUGGUGAUUCCGGCUUUCGGGGAUGCGGAGGCUGAUGCUAAAGCGUUUGAGUUGUUGAAGAGCUUAGUUCCUGGGAAGGAGGUUCGCCAGGUUGAGGUCAAUGCCUUGCCUAGGACUGGAGGUGUGCUGCAUUGUGUUACGCAGCAGGUGAUGUGA